AUGAGAUUACUGUGUUUAAAUGUAUUCUACUUAUUUUUAUCACUUUCCCAUAAACUUCACUGCCUGAAUUUUAAAUCUUCUCCCAAAACUAAUUACACAUUUAUCAAUACUAACCACACACAUAUAAAUUCUAGUGCGAAAGGAGCAGAAAAUGAACAGAUUGUUUUAUGGGAUUUAAUGAGCAAUGACGACUUAAAGGAUAUUAAGAGUGAAAAGAAGAUAAAAAUUCCAUAUUUUGUUGAAUAUCCAACUGAUAAGGUAGUUGAAGAGCCAGAUGUCACCAAAGAAGAUUUAGCCAAAUCAAUACUCUCAGAACUAGGAUUCUUCAGUUCUAACGACUCUACUCCUAACACUAGUGUUAAUACAACUCCUGUCACUAGUAGUAACACUACUGUGGACAUAGUGGAUAACUCUGUAGAAAAUAUAUCCAGCGUACACUUUGAAAGUAAUUUGGAAAAUUCUUUUGACAGUAAUGAAAAUGAACGAGAUAACGAUAACUCAUUCGAUAGUGAUAACACAUUUGGUACUGAAACUACCGACAAUAUAUUGGGGAACGCAUCUGAAACUACUGAUAGUAAGGAAUAUCUGGUGAAAACAACAAUAAUUGAUAGAUUUGAUAAUAUGAAGAAUGAACAAGAGAGUUCAAUACUAUCUGAGCAGACAAGUCCAGUAGUAGGUAAGCAAAGAGUGAGGUGGUUUCCAAAUUAUAUAAGUCGAAGUUUAUCACAACUGCACUAUUACUUGAAAAUGUCUGAUAUAAUUCUGGAUGUUAGAGACGGUAGAAUCCCGUACAUACCACCAGAUGACUAUUUCUUCAACUUGUUUGAAAGUGAAUUCCCAACAAAGCCGAGGAUUACAGUUUUUACGCAUUCUGAUAAAUUGCCGAAACUCGGAAUGGCACAGUGGCUUAACUACUAUCGGACUAUUGACCGAUCUGUGCACAGCAGUUAUAAUAGCAAUAUCAAGAAUGCUAGCGAGAAAAGAGUGUUGAAUAGAUCAAUGUUUGUCGACGCAAUUAAUGGAUUAAAAGAGAUUAUUUAUCUCCGAAAACAUAUUUUCAGGAUGUGUAGAAGAGUGAAUGAACGUAGACUAAGAAAAGGGUUAAAUCCUAGAGAAAUUAGAGUUAUCCUAAUGGGUAUGCCAAAUGUAGGGAAAUCAUCACUGGUUAACAGAUUACUUGGUAGAAAAGUUACUAAAUCAUACAACGUCCCUGGUCUCACCAAGAAUAUUAAUAUCUACAAAUCCACCACGAAGUCUAACACUAUUAAGAAUAAGAGAUUGUUGUUAAUUGACACACCGGGGAUAGUGCAUACAAAUUUGAUAGGGGAAAUGAAGGACAAUCUAAUGUUAAUUUACAGCGGCUUGAAUAUAAUAAGUGAGUGUGCAUAUGAAGAUGAUGAAGCGGCCAUUGCGAUACUUAAACAAAUACUAAAAACCAUGUCAAUGAAUAGAAAGUACGUUGAAUAUAACAUUAAUAAGCAUAUGCUGCUGAAGUCAUUGUUUGACAAUUUUAACCCCAACGUAUCAGACAGGGCCAUGGAAUUUAAUAUUAGUGCUUCCUUGGAUAAAAUGACAAAAUGGUUUUUUGGCGAUAAUCUUUCCAGUUGUUGCAGUAAAUUAUUAAAUGACUUCAGAAGAGGCAGACUUGGGAAGAUCAUGCUACAAACUCCUCCACUCAGUUUAGAUGUUGCUGCCUAUAACAGACAUACAAAUGCUAGAGAAUCAGUGGAUAACUCAGUUGGAAAUAGAGAUAUGGUACUACAAUACAAAAGAGGUUUAUAUGAAGGGUGGUAG